ACGUGUCUCUACAAACUCCACGAGGUUCUGUUUUCUGUCCAUGACGUCAAUUUUAUUAUUUGAAUUUAUGGAGGUUGUAAGAAACUCAGAGAAGGACAAGAUCACGGCCAACCCGCUCUGGUUGGAGAGAGUCGAGAAUAUUUUGAACCGCUAUAAAUCUUUACAAGAUGCUAGCCUGUCUGAUCAGACCCCUGAGUGCAUUAUGUACAGAGAACCCUCUGACAUCAACGCUGACAUGGAAAGUCAGCGUGCCCUCAAACAGCAACACGAGAUGCAGGAAGAGUUUGUGGCAGAGUUGGUGGGUUCAGGAUCGGAGCAGCUGAAACGCUUGAAAGAGUUCAUUGAACUGAAGCAGAAGCAGGAUUUCCAGAGCUUAAGAGAUGUGACGGACAGAGAAACCAAAGAGAGAAUCAGGCGGCAAGAGAAGCUGAGGGAAGAGCAGCAACAAAGAAUGAAGAUGAUGUACAUAAGAUUGAGAGAGCGACUGAUGGAGCAGCGGGAGCUGCUGCGGAUACAUCGACGGCAGCAGCAUGAGCUCACAGGCUGCUGCUGCUGGGAGAGGUCACAAAGCCUCACCAUCAUCCAGGAGGAGAUCCUGCAGCUCAACAAGCUAAUGAAUGGGUUAGAGGAUUACCCUAACCCCAACCCUAACCCCAACCCCAACCCUAACCCUAACCCCAACACUAACCCUAAACCUGUCCUCCCAGACUAAAGUCUGUUUGGAGGCAGCUGCCUUUGCUGCCACACUGUCUGAGAGCAACUACCCCUGUUUGUGACUUAUUCAGGGAGAUUUGGACAUUUACUAUUUAUCUUUCCGAGGCAUGAAUGGCUGAGCCGCUGCGUACAGUUACGAUGUCACCCCUUCACAUCUGUUUUUUUUCUUUUUUUUAUACUGUCUGUGCUCAUAUGCACUGUAUCUUCAUA